UGGUAUUGCUAAGACCACACAGCUUGAUAAAUGUAAGGCAAAGUUUGGGAAAGAAGACGACCGUGAAGCGAAUCGAAAACGGGCCUACGGCAAUCCGAACAACACGUCUCUCUACCGCUUAUCUCUCACAUCUUAUCCCUUUUUUUCUCUGGUAUCUGAUUUCACUUUGUCUUCUUCUUCACCUCCUUGUUGUACAACCAUACCAUUCUGAUUUUGUUUUCUCUCUCUAAAUUCCCUUGCGAGGGUUAUUUAUCUUAUCUCGAUCUUAUCUGUUCAUUUCCUCUUCUCCAGACCCUCCAACACUUCGAUUGAAUUGUGGGUUUUUCUCUUUUGUUCAUAAUUUGAUCUGGGUUGGUUUUCCUUUUGGAUACUCAUUUGUAUUUUAGGGGUCCUAUGGUAUGGUUUCCCUCCUGUAAACCAUACCAUUCUUCUUAUUUUCUCUCUCUAUCUGUAAAUUCCUUCACAAAUUUUGUGAAGGGUUUUAUCUUAUCUAUCUGAUAUUGAUGCAAUUCGAUUGAAUAGGAUUUUAUUAUUUUUUAUUUUUCACUCUUUUUGUUCAUAAUUUUAUUUGGGUUAUCUUGUGGGUGGGCAUUCAUUUGUAUUUUUGGGGUCGAAUGGCUUUGGCUUCAGCUUUGUUUGAGAUUUUACAACGACCCACAAGUGGAGAUGUGUUUUUAGAGCUCAUGAUGUUCAUGGCACCUCUGUGGAUUGCUGUUUUUGUUGGGGUUUUGGUGGGAUGGGCGUGGAAGCCCAAAUGGGCCAUUAUAGAUAGAAAUUUAUUUGAUUGUUCGUCCACCGAUUCUUCGACGUCAUUGCCUUCCUCCUCGGAGAAGACCAUUUUUCCAGGUAUAUCGAAUUCGAUUCCCAGCUUGAAUUCGUUGAAGUUGCAAUUGCCCAGCUGCAUUUCUUGGAUUGCUGAUAGUGGCAUUGAGAAGGAGGCUUCGACUGUUCCACAUUCAAACUCAAAAUCUGACUUCAGUUCAUCUCAGCUCAAGAGAGAUGCAUCGAUGGUUGUGACGGAUGAUGACUUGUUGCAUUUAUACCAACUUGUUGAGGUGAAAGAUGGAGGUCCUUUAUGGAUUCAGAUGAUGGAUAGGUCUACACCAACCAUGGGCUAUCAAGCUUGGCGGAGAGAUCCUGAGAUUGGACCUCCACAAUAUCGUAGCAGAACUGUCUUUGAGGAUGCUACUCCUGAAUUGGUGAGGGAUUUCUUUUGGGAUGAUGUUUUUCGAGCAAAGUGGGAUGACAUGCUAUUACAUGCCGAAACUUUGGAGGACUGCUCCACUACAGGAACAAUGACAGUUCAGUGGAUACGCAAGUUUCCCUUCUUUUGUAGCGACAGGGAAUAUGUUAUAGGCCGUCGAAUUUGGAAAUCGGGACAAUCCUUUUACUGUAUCACAAAGGGAGUACCCUUCCCAUCUUUGCCGCGACGGAACAAACCAAGGCGUGUUGAUUCAUACUAUUCAAGUUGGUGCAUUCGUCCAGUUGAAUCGAAGAAAGGAGAUGGCCAGUUGACUGCUUGUGAGGUGUUACUAUUUCAUCACGAAGAUAUGGGUAUCCCUUGGGAGAUUGCAAAGCUUGGAGUCCGGCAGGGUAUGUGGGGAGCUGUCAAGAAGAUUGAACCUGGCUUACGUGCAUACCAGAGGGAGAGAGCAUCCGAAGCUCCACUCUCACAUAGUGCUAUCAUGGCUCAGAUUAACACCAAAGUCAGUGCAGAUUACCUAAGAUCCUUGGAGAACAGAGGUGAUCAUUCAGAGAUUGAAAACUCAGAUUCAUUUGAGAAGCCAGUAGGGAGGAACAUACCCAAGUUUUUAGUUGUUGGUGGGGUUAUUGCCCUUGCUUGUAGUUUUGACCGUGGGCUCUUGACAAAGGCAGUUAUUUUUGGAGUGGCCCGAAGGUUUGCCAAGAUUGGAAGGAGGCUGUGAAUCAGGAUGCCUUUGUACAGUCUGAAAAUAUAACUCAGGGAGUCGUGGCGAGUGAGGAACUUCCUGAGGGUCAAUCUCUUCACUCUUCGCCACCUCUUAAGAAUGAGAAACCAUUGUAUUCUUUUUUCUUUUGUUUGAGCAGUAGAGCUACAGGUCGAGAAAAGAGAACAUAUUGUUGUAUUUGUUGAAAUUGGAAAUCUGACUGAAGUAUCUCAUGUUGCUGAAAUAACAAGCAGAUUCAGGUUAUUUUUUUGGCUA